CUGGAGCGCUGUGCCUGUAUCUUACCUACCGAGGGCGUGCACGAGAACCACUCUAACACCCGAGUACCGACCGACAAAUAACAUAAACAGUAAACACGCUCCAGAACACCGGUUUACCGUGACCUAAUCGUGCUUUGCUGUAUAUACUCUCGUCGUUUGUUUCUCGUCGAGUCCGCUCUCCGGUUCCUGUGGUUCCGAUUAAUUUUUUUAUCCUUUUUCCAACGCGAGUGUUCCGAAGGAGGAUUCCGUCCAGCAGUGUCCCGAAACCGACGUAUACAGAUUUCUGUGGUCAUGAUGCGCCGGCGGUUGAGUUUCAUCGGCAGUGGCGAGUGUUGCGAACCGGAGGCGCUCACCGAGUGCAUCGUCGAGUCCGACAUCCAGCGGCAGAUACGCGACAGGUUCGACGAAGAGUGUCCGUACUCGUUAACUAGGAAGUCGGUACGGAACAGCCCUCGGGCCCGGAACUGCAACUCGCAAGUAUGGCAGGUGGCUGUCAACACGGUGGCCAAGAAGCGCGACACGCUAAGGCGUAGCGUCAGCUCGGUGUUCAGGUCUAUGAACAAACUCAGGACCGGAUUCAAAGUGGCCGCUCAGAAAUUACGACCGUCGACUAGACGUCGUUUCAAAUUGGACGAGUCACCUUUGACUCCCAACACACCUAGAACACGGUCCAAGUGUUUGUUGGGCAGAACGCCUACCAAGAUGUAUAGUCCUUUUGCCAUUGAUACGCCACCCUCAUUGCGUAGACGAUUUGCUUACAGAAGAAAUAAAAAUAUUGAAACUGAAAGUAAUAAAUCAGUGAAUGGGAAAAGUGAAUCUAACAGUUAUGGAAUAACAAAUAAUGAAAAUAAGCAACCAAACAUUAAUUCAAAUAAAAAAGAUGAAAAUUAUGGAAGCUUAAUUUAAGUAUUAAUUGCUAAAGAGUACUGCACACUUUUGUAUUUUUUGCAGAAAACUUAUUAAAAGUAUACUGUUUUUGUAUACUGGCUAUGUUGUUUUUGCAUAACACAUUUUACGUAUUAUUUUUGUACUAUCUAUUUUAAUUUUUAAAUAUUUAAAUUAAUGUUCCUUUUCAAUAUAAUUAGAAAACAUGGCAAUUAUAUAUUUUUUUUUUUCAUAUACAUAUAAUUUAUUUGUUUCAAAUAUUUACUAUUAUGGUUGUUUUCUUUUUUGGUAACUAAUAAAUAUUUUCAAAAAUUAUUUGUUAAGUAGAAAUUAAUAUUGUUGUGUCCACUUUUAAUAUUUAUUUAUAGACUCAAAACAUUUGAUUAAAAUCUGUCUGUAACAAUUUCAUAACAAAAGUGUAUAACUCAAUGUCAACCAUAUUUUGAUCUUAUUUCAUAAUUCAUUCAUGAAUUUAAUAAAUAAUAACAACAUAUUACAGAAUGA